AUGGUUCAACAUAUCCAGUCUAGGGUCAUGUGCUUGAGGGGCGGUGAAGGAGACGAAAAUAAGAUGAAUGAUGAUGACGGAAUCAUCCAUCCUCCCCAAGUAUGCGUGAUUACAAACUCUGGAAAGAAUUAUUCUUUCGCCGAUGGAAAGAUUUUCAUUUCAAAAUCUUUGAGGGAGAAAGCUGGUGUGAAAUCGUUGUUUACAGGUGACAUCGUGAAAGUGAAAGCAAAGGAGCUUGUUAAGGAAAACAAAUGGAUUGCAACUCAUAUCCGCCUUGUACAAAGGAACAACACGAAAUUCCUGGAGAACAGAACUAAAUCCGAAGAAGCGAGUGCGCAGCCGAGCAAAAAAGAGAAGAAAGCAGCCAAAUCGAAGGAAAUCCCUGCAGAUGGAGAUUCAGCAAAGGUUGCCAAAAAGAGUUCUGCAACGAAAGCUUCCAAGGCUACAAAAGAAUCAUCUGAAAAAUCGUCGAAGGCAACCAAAAAAUCCUCGAAACAAUCUGAAAAGAAGGAAGCUGAAAAGAUGUCAGAUGACCAAGGUUCUCCUGAUGAAGAAAAGGCCAAGAGCAAAAAGAAGAAGAGCGCCAAGUCUUCUUGA